CUCACUAUGAAGAUACAGUAGCCACUCUCUCCUGCAAUCUGAACAAUGACUUCAGAGCGGAGGAAAGGAAUUCAAUAGCAUAGAAUGCGUUAUACAGCACGAAAUAUCUCAAUUGAGCUGCUGUUCUCACAAAUGACUUCAAUGUACCAACCGUAAAUAUGUGGAUACCUACAGAACACGAGAAAUACGGCGUCGUGCUGGCCAGUUUCAGAGGGACGGUCCAGCAUGGCUUGCCAUUGGAGAUUGGGGACACGGUGCAGCUCCUGGAGAAAUGUGAAGGCUGGUACAGGGGGUUCGUCCAUAAGAAUCCAAAUGCCAAGGGUAUUUUCCCAUGCACUUACAUUCACUUGAAGAACGCCCAUAUCAAGAACAAAGGGCAGUUUGAGACGGUCAUCCCCACAGAGGACUCUGUUAUCACUGAGAUGACAUCCACCCUGAGAGACUGGGGGGCCAUGUGGAAACGUCUCUACGUGAAGAAUGAUGGGGAUCUGUUCCAUCGGUUGUGGCACGUGAUGAAUGAGAUCUUGGACCUGAGGAGACAGGUUCUGGUUGGUCACCUCACCAACGACCGCAUGAAAGACGUCAAACAGCACAUCACUGCCAGGUUGGAUUGGGGAAACGAACAGCUGAGUUUGGACCUGGUACCCCGCAGGGAGUUCAGCAUGGUGGACCCAGACGAGAUCAGCGUCACAGAACUCUUCAAACUGAUGGAGCACCGUCACCGUAAGAAGGAGACUCCGGUGCCGGCCAGCACGCACCACCUCUUCGUCCACAUGAAGAGCCUGAUGAGCUCCAACCUGGGAGAGGAGCUGGAGGUGUUCUUCCACAUCUACGACGGCAGGGAGAACAGGCCACUCAGUGAACGGUUCUUUGUCAGACUGAAUAAGAACGGAGUGCCCAAGUCGCCAGAGAAGACCGAGAGACAAUGCACCCUCUUUGUGGAUUUGGGGAGCAGUGAUCUCAGAAAAGACGUCUACAUUGUUGUUCACAUAAUGAGAAUUGGGCGGAUGGGCGCUGGGGAGAAGAAGAACCUGUGUAGUAUUCAGUACAGACGGCCCUUCGGCUGUGCUGUGGUCAGUAUCGCAGACCUCCUCACGGCAGACUCUAAAGACGACCACCUGCUGAAGGUUUAUGCAUGUACCACGGAAAGUGAGUGGUAUCAAAUCCACGAGAACAUCAUCAGGAAGGUCAACUCCAGAUACAACCUAUCGGGUUCCAACACAGGCCUGGCUGUAUCUCUCCAGUUGCUGCACGGGGACAUUGAACAGCUGAGGAGAGAGUACAUGGUGUUGUUCACCAGAGGAGUGUCCAUCACCAAGAAACUGGGCUUCUCUGACAUCAUCAUGCCAGGAGAGAUGAGGAAUGACCUGUACAUGACGCUGGAGAAAGGAGAGUUUGAGAAAGGAGGGAAGAGCGUUGCUAGGAACGUGGAGAUCACGGUCUAUGUGCUGGACAUCGAAGGCCAGGUCAUGAAGAGUUAUGUAGCGGCUGGUUCAGGGGAGCCUGGUGGGGAUGUAUACCACUCCUUUGUGCUCUACCACAACAACAGUCCCCGCUGGGCUGAGCAGAUCAAACUACCCAUCCCUGUGGACAUGUUCAGGGGCUCUCAUGUCCGCUUUGAGUUCAGACACUGCUCCACCAAAGACAAAGGAGAGAAGAAGCUGUUUGGCUACUCCUUCGUUCAUCUGAUGCAGGAGGACGGACGGACACUGCCGGACGGCACCCACGAGCUCAUCAUUCACAAGUGUGAGGAGAAUGCUAACCUCCAGGACUCGAGCUGCUACCUCAAGCUGCCCUUCUCCAAAGCCAAUCUGCCCGGCAACAACCAGGCUGUGAAAGGCACGAAGGAAUGUUUUUGGAUCACCUCCUUCCUCUGCUCCACUAAACUCACACAGAAUGGUGACAUGUUAGACCUGCUGAAGUGGAGAGCCCACCCAGAGAGGAUCAAUGACAGCCUGUUAAAGCUGAAAGAGAUCGAUGGCUCUGAGAUAGUCAAGUUUUUACAGGACACACUUGAUACACUCUUUGGCAUCUUGGACGAGAGUUCCCAGAGGUAUGGGCUGAAGGUGUUUGACUGCCUGGUCCACAUCAUUAACCUGCUACAGGACAGCAAGUUCCAUCAUUUCAAGCCCGUCAUGGACACCUACAUCGAGAGUCAUUUUGCUGGAGCCUUGUCUUACAGGGACCUGAUCAAAGUACUGAAGUGGUACGUGGAUCGCAUCAUAGACGCUGAGCACCAGGAUCACAUUCAGCAGGUCCUCAAUGCCACUGAGUAUAUCUUUAAGUACAUCAUCCAGUCCCGGCGUCUCUUCGCCCUCGCCACCGGGGGUCAGAGCGAGGAGGAGUUCCGUUGCUGCGUCCACGAGCUGUUCAUGUCCAUCCGCUUCUUCCUGUCCCAGGAGAACAAGAUCACCAGCCCCAUCACGCAGACACAGGCGGUGUUCCUGAGGACGUUCCCUGCAGUGUACGGGGAGCUGCUGAAGAUCUUCACGGUGAGGGAGGUGGCAGGCUUCGUCAGGGAUACGCUGGGCAGCCUGCCUGCCACCGCUCGCGCUGAGUGCCCCCUGGAAGCCGUCAAGCUACAUUGCAUCGCCAAGACCGUGGAGAGCCAGCUGUACACCAACACAGAGUCGAGGUGUAUCCUGCUCCCGGUGGUGUUGCGUCUGUUGCAGGCCCACAUGCAGGAGCAGAGAGACCUGGUGAUGUGUGCCCGUAUCCUCACCAGCAUGCUCUCUCUCGUCAGGAAGUACGACUCUACCGCCACCGAGCCGGUGGUUUCUGAGGAGGUGGAUCUGAUAGUGGAUAGUCUGCUGGUUGUCCUGAUGAGGACCAUCCUUGAGAUCACGAACAGACCACAAGCAGCCGGGACCAAUAUGAGACUGCAGUUCCAGGACAUCACGGGGGAGUUUGUGGCGUGCCUGCUGGCUCUCCUCAGACAAAUGAGUGAUAAACAUUACCAGCAGCUCCUGCAGGCCUUCACCAGCAAAGAUGACCUGAGGGACUUUCUCUUGCAGAUUUUCACCGUGUUCCGCAUUCUGAUUCGACCAGAGAUGUUCCUGAAAGAUUGGACUGUCAUGCGGUUGGUCACCAACAAUGUAAUCAUAACAACAGUCCUGUACCUCUCUGAUGCUCUGAGGAAGAACUUCCUCAAUGACAAGUUUGACUACAAGGUGUGGGACUCGUACUUCUAUCUGUCCGUCAUCUUCAUCAACCAGCCCUGUCUUCAACUGGAGUCCUUCUCUCCGUCCAAGAAGAAGAGGGUACUGGAGAAGUAUGGGGACAUGAGGGUGAUGAUGGGUUGUGAGAUCUUCAGCAUGUGGCAGAACUUAGGUGAGCACAAGUUGAACUUCAUCCCGGCGAUGAUAGGUCCAUUCCUGGAGGUGACCCUGGUUCCCCAGCCUGACCUGAGGAAUGUCAUGAUCCCGAUCUUCCAUGACAUGAUGGACUGGGAGCAGAGGAGGAGUGGAAACUUCAAACAGGUGGAGGCCAAGCUGAUCGACAAACUGGACGGUCUGAUGUCAGAAGGCAAAGGGGACGAGACGUACAGAGAGCUCUUCAACAGCAUAAUCCCUCUGUUUGGUCCGUACCCUAGUCUGUUGAAGAAGAUUGAGAGGGAGACGUGGAGGGAGAGUGGCGUCUCGCUCAUCGCCACAGUCACGCGUCUGAUGGAGAGGCUGCUGGACUACAGGGACUGCGUGAAGCUGGGGGAGGUGGAUGGGAAGAAGAUUGGCUGCACCGUCAGUCUGCUGAAUUUCUACAAAACUGAGUUGAACAAGGAGGAGAUGUACAUCCGCUACAUCCACAAGCUGUACGAACUGCACCUGAAAGCACAGAAUUACACAGAGGCCUCCUACACUCUUCUGUUGUAUGACGAGCUGUUGGAGUGGUCCGAAAGGCCCCUCAGAGAGUUCCUCAACUACCCCAUGCAGAGCGAGUGGCAGAGGAAGGAGUACCUCCAUCUUACCAUUGUACAGAACUUUGACAGGGGGAAGUGUUGGGAGAACGGGAUCAUUCUGUGCAGAGAGCUGGCGGACCAGUACGAGUCUUACUACGACUACAGGAACCUCAGCAAGAUGAGGAUGAUGGAGGCAUCGCUGUACGAUAAGAUCAUGGACCAGCAGAGACUGGAGCCAGAGUUCUUCAGGGUCGGCUUCUAUGGCAAGAAGUUCCCCUUCUUCCUAAGGAACAAGGAGUUUGUGUGCCGUGGCCAUGACUACGAGAGGCUGGAGGCCUUCCAGCAGCGCAUGCUGAAUGAGUUCCCCCACGCCAUCGCCAUGCAGCACGUCAACCAGCCUGACCAGACCAUCUACCAGGCCGAGGCUCAGUACCUACAGAUCUACGCGGUGAGCCCCAUCCCAGAGAGCCAGGACGUGCUGCAGAGAGACGGAGUGCCUGACAACAUCAAGAGCUUCUAUAAGGUCAACCACAUCUGGAGGUUCAGAUACGACAGGCCGUUUCACAAGGGCACCAAGGACAAGGAGAACGAGUUCAAGAGCUUGUGGGUCGAGAGGACCUCAUUAACCCUGGUCCAGAGCCUGCCAGGAAUCUCCAGAUGGUUCGAGGUGGAGAAGAGAGAACUGGUGGAAGUGAGCCCGUUGGAGAAUGCCAUUGAGGUGAUUGAGAACAAGAACCUGCAGUUACGGACGCUGAUCGCCCAGUGCCAGAGCAGGCAGAUGCAGAACAUCAACCCCCUCACCAUGUGCCUCAACGGGGUCAUUGACGCCGCCGUCAACGGGGGGCUCGCACGCUACCAAGAGGCAUUCUUUGUGAAGGACUACAUCGUGAAUCACCCUGAGGACGGGGAGAAGAUCGGACGACUAAGGGAACUCAUGUUCGAGCAGGCUCACAUCCUGGAGUACGGCCUGGCCGUCCACGAGAAGUUUGUCCCUCAGGACAUGCGACCUCUACACAAGAAGCUGGUGGACCAGUUUCAUGUGAUGAAGUCUAGUCUGGGGAUCCAGGAGUUUCCGGCGUAUGUGCGCGCCAGCCCCGUGCACUUCACCAAUGGCAGCCCGCGUAGUUCAUGCAGGAACUCGGUCCCCAACAUCAUCAGCCCAGAUGGCGCUCGCGUGGUGGCCAGACGCAGUCCCCUCACCUACCCGGCUGUCAACCGCUACUCGUCAUCAUCGCUGUCCUCUCAGGCCUCCAAUGAAGUGAGCAACAUCACAGGGCAGUCGGAAAGCUCCGACGAAGUCUUCAACAUGCAGCCCAGCCCAUCUACCUCGAGCCUCAGCUCCAAUCAUUCUGCCUCUCCCAACGUGACCAGCUCUGCUCCGUCCAGCACCAGAGGUUCUCCCCAGCUGCAGGACAAACACAAGCAUUCCAGAGAGAACUCCUGCCUCUCUUCCAGGGAGAGACCCGUCAGUGCCAUCUACCCCAAUCCCCUGGACCCUGCACAGAGGGCGACCCCUCAUCAAAUAGGUGACACCACACUACCCCGAAGUGAUCCUAACCUUUCUGCACCAGACAAAGUGAGACCCACCUUCAGUAGCUGGAGUCUAGACAGUGUAAAAGAGGUCAACAACACACAGUUCUCUGACACUGUGGGAAAGUUGCUCUGUCCCCCUGUCCCUCCUAGGCCACCAUACCCAGGCUCUUCAGCCAAGACCAUAAGGUCGCAGUCCCCGGUCCCAACGUCCAGAUCUCCACAAAAGAGUUCAUUGCCACCCUUCACGCCCUCACCCACUGAGUGCCAGUCGGCUGGACUGGUGUCCAACUCGCCCGUCCUCUCUGGUAGCUAUAGCAGCGGCAUCUCCUCCAUGAGUCGCUGCAGUGUGUCCGAGGCGUCGGGCACCGAGGCAACCACUGGAGACCACCCCGCCCACCAGGGGCCCACCAUGCCCAAUUCGGUCUCCUCGGGCUCGGACGAGCUCAUCCGCCGCGAGAACAAGACGCCGCCGCCCUACAGUGUGUACGAGCGCACCAACCCUCGUCGGCCGGUUCCCCUGCCUCACAGUCUCUCCAUCCCUCCCAGUGUGGAUCCCCCGGCUCUGCCACCCAAGCCCCACCAGCAACGCACUAGCAGCAUGAAGCUGGUCCCAGCAUCGGACCCUCGCAGGGCCGACGGGGUGCCCCACGUCCCCAGACCCAGACCUCUCCCCAGGAAGGUCUCCCAGCUAUAGGCUGGGUGAGGACCUACAACCCUAGUGGGUUGAUGGGUGACACCACUGGCGCGUUUUGCACUUUUUAACACUGUCUUCUCUUCAGUUUGGUAAUCCCAGGCUCUGCCCAAGACAGACUCACGACUCUUGAGUCUGUCUCAUUGUGAAGAUCUUUUUUUCGAAAGGGCUUUGCAUUGACUGACGUUGUCAUUCCGCACUUUUAGCUCCAGUACAGUAGGUAAAUUGCGGUAAAUUGCUACGUUUAUCAGAAGAGAAAUGAACACAACAAACUUAGGCGUUGAUUUUUAGAUUUUUGAUAGAUGUAAUAGUCCCCAUAUGUAUAUAUUGGUUAUAUAUAAGAAGUGUUUUGCCUUAAGUAUUGGAAAGAGUCUUCUAUCCAUGAGUCUUGCACGUUUUUCAAGUACACUGUACUUUUCUAUAUGGCUGACAGGUGCUAGAGGCCUCAUGCAUAUGCAUUUCAGUUUAUGGUAGUAGCUGAGGGUGUGUUCACAUACAUCCACGUGGUACCGGAAACAGGAAGCAGAGAUUUACCUAUUUGGCCAUUUUGUUUCAUUGUCAUGACCAUUUGAAAAAUACUGUAAAGCUAAAAUCAGUGCCCCGGUUUUAUUCUUGGUCGGUAAUAGAACAUCCCUUUCUCGUAGGAAUGGAGAAUUUGUGGUCGUAACAAGUCACUCAGAAAUACACCCCCUUCGUGAGGGUUCUUCAAACUCUACUCUAAGACAUAAAGAGCUCCUUCUGUCUUUGAAAUCCCCUUUUUGGCCAAUGCACAUAGUUCUUUCAUUUGACGUGCCACUAAAUUGUAUGUCGUUCUAAGUAAAUAAACUGGAGGCCAUUACUGUCAGAAGGGGCCAGAGAUGUGGACACACCCUAACCCUCCUGCAUGAAGUGUAGUAUGUAUGUGGUGGUGGUGGAUCUUUGGGGUUGACCAAGUAUUGUGCCAAAGGACGAUGUACUGUAUGUAUGCUGUAAUGGCAAAGUAGGAAUCCUGAACCUGGAAACACUCCAUUGAUUAGCCAAGCUGAUCUUCUACUAGCCCACAAUGAAAACAACCGACUUUUGAGACCAAUCCAGUUAUUAAGAUGAAAAGUCAUUGUGGAGGGGGGUAUAAAAAUGGCAACUGUUACAAGUAACGAAUGGUUAUAUGAUAUUAGCACAAAUGAGAUUGACUACGUUAGCAGUGGUUGCAUUACCAAGGACUCCAACUCUUAAAAUGUUAACCCCUGACCACAAUGGGCAUUUGAAGUGCAGUAUGUAUUGUAGAAAAUAUGUCCUCUAUUUGCCGCUCAGUGAAUUGCCAGCAACUCGUACACACACACACACACACACACACACACACACACACACACACACACACACACACACACACACACACACACACACACACACGAGGGCUGCCGUUCUAUUAUUUUUUAGAAUCUUUUUCGAAAACCUUUUCAACUAUUCAUUGUAUAGUCACGCUUGUACAGUACAGCCAAGUUAGUUUGAGGUGUUCUCUCUGUGUUUGACAUACAGUACGUGGUGGACAGAGUGUACUGGUAUGAGUCCUACGGUGUCUAGGCAGUCUUCACGUCAGGUGGUUUCCUGUCAGUGUUUUAUGAAGAGAAGACAACACUGUUUUUGUAAUAAAAAGCUUUUUUUUUUAUUGCACGAAAUAUUGAUCACUUAAUUCAGUACAACGGUUUUCACAAUUAACUUGGGUAUGUUUCACUUUUCUAUGGUUAAUUUCCUUUUUAAUUUGUUGCAAAUUUUUUUUCUCCAUCAAAUGUUCACAUGAAUCAGUACUUGAGAAAUUGUAAAUUAUAUAAUGAUGAGAUUGUUGUACGUAUGCCAAAUAUACUACCUUUGUGUAUUACUAUUAUUGUAAAUAUUGUGUUUUUAACAAAAUGUAGCUAAUACACAUUUACAGCUUUGAAUGUUGGAACAGCAAAUUAUUGUUAUAAAUGUCACAAAAAAAUUGUGUUUUAGUGAGUGUAGAAGUCUAUAGAGUAAUGCAUAUCUACACCUACAGUAAAACAUUUACAUGCUCAAUAAACUGCCCUAUGUAAUAAAACGUGUUUUGCUCAA